UUUUAGUGAGAUUCAUCCCUAAUAGAUGGACGUUCAUUAGCAAUUUAAAGUCGUAGAAUCUCGAAAGAUAAGUAUUAUUGUAAGUAUUUUAUUCUCAGUAACGACCAUCCAAAUAGUGGCUGCGAAAAGUAAGACUUAUAAGGUAUUAAACAAUGGUAGAAACUCAUGAAAUAGGAAUGACCUUGACUCUCGACUAAAAUGAAGCAACGUCGGAUUCUCUUUUUGAUUGAAUAAAAGGUUGCUAGAAUGUUUCCAUUUUAGAUGAGUUGACUACUCUAUUCAAUGGAUGAUAUCUUUGACUCUCGACUAAAACGAAGCACUGUAUCAGUUUGUUGAGAACCUUGGAAAAUAAUUGAAUAUGUUUUAUUUUGGUAUUUUUGUAAACAUGUUUACUUACUUGUUAUUUUCCGAACUUGUGUAUGAAUUUAAUUGAACCAAAUAAUUUAUUUAUUUUUAUUGAUAUUUGUAGUGUCAAAAUAAACAACCCACACCCCAACCCUCAUCUUUUACAUGCCUUUGCAAAUGAACUCUAUAGUGUGAAAAUGUUUCCUGGUAAGGGCAUUAAUUCACACUUAAUCAUGAUGAAUCUGAAGUUCCAGAAAGCAAAUUUGCUGGGAAUUGAUUUAUCAAAAGAGCAAUGGGUUCAAUUCAUUCUCAACAGUCUUCUACCUGAGUAUAAUAGAUUUUUUGUAUCAUACAUGAUCAAUAAUUUUAACUUAUUCGACGUAGACAAGCUAGACGCAGAAUUGCGUGUUUAUGAACAAACUUUGCCUGCAAGGAGGCCUCCCUCUAGUUUUGAAGACAUGGACAAAAUGAAAGCUGUAGUAAUUGAGAAUGAUGCUUCUGACAAUGCUGCUUCUUCAAGUUCAAUUUUGAGAGCUAGAAUCAAAAUUGAACCAAUAAAUGAAACAAUUAGAGAACAAAUGAGCAAACGUAUUCUUCUAUGUUCAUACUGUGGAGAGAAGGGACAUUCGGAAGAAAGAUAUCUUAGACUUCUUGACCAUUGGAACGAAGCUGCUUGAAACUUGGGAUUAUCUAAAACCAGGAGAGUUGAAGCUCAAAGUUGGAAAUGGCGAAUUAGUAUCGGUCCAAGCUAAGGGAAAAGCACGCCUCAAGUUUCAGAAGAAAUUUUUAGUUUUAGACAAUGUUUUGUUUAAUGCGAAUUUUAGUAGAAACUUGAUUAGUGUUUCAUGUUUACAAACACAAUUUCAUCAAU